CAGCUGUGUCCAAUCAAAGCUGAUCACUGUAGCCCCAGCAGUGCCACCUGUCAGUGUCCAUCAGUGCCUUGUGUCAGUGCUCAUCAGUGCCUUGUGUCAGUGCUCAUCAGUGCCUCAUGCCAGUGCCACAUCAAUGACACAUAUCAGUGCCUACCAGUGCACAUCAAUGCCACAUAUCAGUGCCCAUCUGAACUGCCUUUUAGUGUCACCCAUCAGUGCCAGUCAGUGCCACCUAUCAAUGCCAAUCAGUGCCAACUAUCAGUGCUGCCAAUCAGUGCCACCUAUCAGUGCCAGGCAGUGCCGCCUAUCAGUGCGCAUCAGUGCCGCCUAUCAGUGUGCAUCAGUGCUGCCUAUCAGUGCCGUGUCCGUGCCGCCUAUCAGUGCCAGUCAGUGCCGCCUAAC